AUGACAAGUGUAACAAGAGAAGAAUGUGGAAUUUUUGAAUGCAAUCAUUGUCAUAAGUUCUUUACUACAGACCACAGCUUACAAAGACACAUUACGAAGCGGCAUAAUCAAACCGUCACAUCUGUAAAGGUUGUCGCACCAUGUUAUUCCGAUGAGACUAGCGUGUUUACAUAUGCUGAUGAAGAAACGCUCACCUUGAAUUAUUCGAAACUUCAUAAAUGUGACAUAUGCAAUAAAACGUUUGAUAAUUACGCAACAUUGGAAGAUCACAGAACGCGAAAGUAUAGUAAGAAAACACCAUAUAAAUGUCAUGUAUGUGAAAAAGUCUUUACACAGAGUUCACAUUUUAAAAGUCAUGCAGCAUUACAUACUGGUGAAGCCUACACUAAGUGUAAAAUUUGUGGAAAAUAUUUGACUGCUGCUAGCAUGUCGAAACAUAUAAACAGACACAAAGGAAUAAUUGAAAAAAAUUACAAAUGUCUCAUUUGUGGUAAAUCGUUUGCAUCCAACUAUUAUUUCAAAAUUCAUAAAAGGAUUCACACUGGAGAAAAGCCCUUUGGAUGCAGCGUUUGUAAACAACGCUUUAUACGUAAAGAUAGUCUUAAGUUACAUGUGUACACUACUAACUUGUCCAAAGACACAUCGUACUGUGAUAUUUGUGGAACUACAUUUAACAGUUCAAAAUCAUACAAAGCUCAUUAUAGGACGACACAUCUUGAUGAAGAACAAACCGAUGACUACAAUGACAGAAAACCUUUUAAAUGUGAUUUAUGUGAUAACAAAUUUAUUUCUAAAGGUAAUCUGAAAUAUCACCUAUACUCUCAUCUAGGUAGGGAGGCCUUUCCUUACCAAUGUGAUGUUUGUUUUAAGAAAUUUUCACACCAAUCCAAUUUAAGAGGUCAUAUGCGAACGCAUACAAACGUUCGGCCAUUUAAAUGCGAAGUAUGUGAAGUAUCCUUUAAAAGAGGCACUCAUCUAAGAAAUCAUAUGCGAAUUCAUACAGGAGACUUUGAUACCUGUCCGAAAUGUGCCAAGACCUUUAGCCAUGCGCGAUAUCUUAAAGAUCAUUUGAAACAGGUUCAUAGUCUAAUCUUAAACAAGGACUCACAACUCGUCAAAUUCACCGAAACUACAAGGCUUAAGAAAGGUUUUAAAUGUGAAAUCUGUGGUAAAGAAUUAACAAGAAAAACUCGACUUAAUGAUCAUAUGAGACUUCAUACUGGCCACAAAGCAUUUAAAUGUGGUAAUUGUGAUGAAGGUUUUAUAUCAACUUAUUAUUUAAAUAAUCAUUAUAAACAAUAUCCCGAACACAAACAAUGA